GUUGCUGCAGCAACGCCUAUGGGUUCAGUCAGCCACACUGUCCUGCCAACUCAGAGGGGCAGCUGGGCGUCCAGGACAGAGGAGCCAGGUGCUGCCGGGGUGUAAGGCCGGUGCACGAACGCAGGUGCCGGCCCGGCCAGGGUCCCAGGAGGAGAGUCUCGGGCCGCAGAGCCCCUGCUUUCUCUUUGGUCCUGUGCACCAGCCGUGAUGAGCUCGGCCUCCAGUGAGCCCGGCAGCGGGGACCCCGCCGAGCGGUCCCGGCUGGGGCUGGACGCGGUGAUCAAGAGGCUGGAGGACACCGUCCUGAGCCCCACGGCCAGCAGAGAAGAUCGGGCACUGACCGUGCGCGGAGGGCGCUGGCGGGCCUCCCCCACCCCCGUGCCUGCCCGCAUUCGUGACAUUGUGGCUGGCAGCCUGGCCGAGGGGCCUCCCCAAGGGCUGCGGGAGCCCCCGGCUGCCCCGGGCCCCGGGCCGGAGGAACACACGCUCCUGCAGGAUGAGCUGUCCCGGCUGGAGGACCUGCCGGCCCAGGCGGGCGCCGAGCGGGACGAGCUGGCCGGCAGGUACCACGCGGUCAACGAGCGGCUGCAGGCCCGGCUGGAGGCCACCACGGCCCAGCUGCGGAGGUCGGAGCUGGAGCGCAGCAUGGACCUGGAGGAGGCCCUGGGCCGUCUGGAGGCGGCCGAGCAGAGGAGCACCAGCCUCUCCCAGGUGAAUGCCCUCCUGCGGGAGCAGCUGGAGCAGCUGAGGAAGGCCCACAACAGGCUGGCCGAGGAGCUGGCCAGGACAACGGGCAGCAUGCCCCGUCUGCGGGCCGAGCUGGACCUGCGGGAAGCACAGCGCCGGACCCACAGAGAGGCCGGGCGCGCCCGCUCGGGGCAGCCCCAGGACGCCCUCCUGCAGAGGCAGGUCACCGCGCUCCAGGGACGCCUGGCCGAGCUGCGUGCAGCCACUGAGAAGGGCCUCGCUGACCUGCGGGCGGACGUGGCCAGGAUGGCCCGGCGCCUGCACACGGCCUGCCUGAACCUCAGCUCCAACCUGCGGCUGACGGCCGGCAGUGCGGCCGCCGCCCUGGAGCAGCAGCUGCGGGACAAGGUGCGGGAGAUGCUGCGGCUGCAGGGCUGCUGGGCCGCGGAGAAGGCGGCGCUCCAGGCCAGACUCGCAGAGCAGACACUGCUGGUGGAGAAGCUCACCGAGCAAAACACGAGCAAGGAGAGAGCCAUCUCUUCCCUGAGAAUGGACGUGCAGAGACUGGAGUCCCAGCAUGGCGGCGGAGGCCCGACAGCCCCAGAGGACUCGAGGGCGGAGGUGGAGACCCUGCGGCUUCUCUUGGACAGCAUCACACAGGUGGCCCAGGCAGAUGCGGGGAGUGAGGAGCUGGCAAGGAGCAGUGAUGCUGAAGGCGAGGGGGUGCAGGGCCAACGGAGGAGCCCCCUGCACCCUGGGAACUCCCUGAGGGCUGAGUCCCUGGCCACCCCGGACUCAGCACUGUGGGCUGUGCGGGCGGCCAUUCAGAGGUGGCGGCAGCGGGAGCAGGAGCUGCGCCAGCAGCUGGAGUCGUCCGAGGCGAGGGCCACGGGGCUCCAGGAGCAGCUGUCUGAGAGCCAGCGGGAGCUGCAGGCCUCAAGAAGCCUCCUGCAGGAGGAGCGCCAGGACCUCCGGGGCAAGCUGCAGGCACAGAACAGGGAGGCACAGUGGAGCCGCGUGACCAGCGAGCUCCUGGGGAGAGAGAAGGCGGCUCUCGAGGAGACGGUUGAGGAGCUAAGGGGGGAGGCAGCCACGUCCCACGCUGAGAAGCAGAGCCUGGAGGCCAGGAACGCAGAGCUGCAGAGGAGCCUCCGGCAGUGCACAGAGCAGAAGGAAGCGCUGGAGCGGCAGGGCGAGCGCGGCCGGAGGGCGCUAGAGAGCAGUCAAGGGCGCCUGGAGCAGCUGGAGGGCACGGUCUCGGGGCUCAAGACGGAGCUGGUGUCAGCCCAGGAGGCGCUGGACUCAGCGCGGCUGCAGAGGGACAUCCUGGAGAGCGAGAGGGAGGGUCUGCAUGGCGCCCUGGCCCGGGCCGAGUCCAGCAAAGCUGACCUGGAACUGCUCGUGAGCCGGCUCAAGGCAGAGGGAGUGGAGCAGAGGGAUUCCCUGGCCAAGAUGGCUGCUGUGAUGGAGGCGCUGGCUCAGGACAAAGGCUCCCUGAACCACCUCGUCCUGCAGCUGGAGCAGGAGCGGGAUGAGCUGCGGACGCAGCAGCAGACGCUGGCGCAGGGGCAGGCGGGCACCCGGGAGCAGCUGGCGCAGGCCGAGCGGCAGGUGGAGCUCCUGCGGGCCGAGAGGAGGGGCCUGCAGCGGGCCUGCGGGCGGCUGGAGGAGCGGCUGGAGCGGCUGGAGGGUCAGGCGGCCCAACUCCGGCGAGAACGGGCCCAGUUGCAGGAGCAGGUGGGCCAGGUCACAUGCAAGAAACAGGCCCUGGAGAAGCAGCUGGCCCAAAGCCUGCAGGACCAGGAGGCCCAGAUGGCCGCCCUCCAGAGGGCCCUGCAGGAGAAGGAGGCUUUGUCUGAAGAGCGAGUCCAGCUGCUGGCCAAGCAGGAGGCCCUGGAGAAGCAAGGUCAGCUCAUGGCCGAGGAGGCAGCCGAUCUCAGGGCCGAGAGGGACGCCCUGGAGAGCAGCCUCUUUGAGGCCCAGCAGCUGGCGUUGCAGCUGCAGACGCGGCAGGAGCAGCUGGAGGGAGAGGCCCGGGGUGCGCGGCUGACCCGGCAGGCCCUGCAAGUGGAACUGGAGCAGCUGCAGAGCAUCCAGGAAGCCCAGGAGAUGAGGCUCCGGCGGCAGGCAGCGCAGCAGGAGCGGGAUGCGCAGCUGGCCCUGGAGAGCUGGGCGCUGGCCCACCGCGAGGACCUCGCCCGGCUCCAGAGGGAGAAGGAGACCCUGAGUCUGUCUCUGAUGGAGGAAAAGGAAGCAGCAGUGCGCCGGCUGAAACAGGAGAAGGAGCUGGUGGCAAAGAACGCAACCAGGAGGGCGGCGCUGAAGGAGGAAAUUCAGAGCCUAAGGCGCGAGCGAGACGAGAGUCUCCUUCAGCUGCAGCACGAGAAGCAGCAGGCCCUGCUUCUACGAGACGUGGAGCUGAGCCGGCUGCGGGGGGAGCUGCAGCUGGUACGGCAGGAGGCCCAGGGCCAGCAGGAACAGGCCGAGGCCACCAUCAGCACUGUGGCCUCAGAGCUGAAGGCCCUGCAGGCCCAGUUUGAGGAUGCCAUCUCUGCCCACCAGACGGAGGCCAGGGCCCUGCACGAGACGCUCCGGGCGCUGGUGGCCCAGCGGAGCAGCACAGGUAGAGAGGCCGAGACGCUGCGGGCACAGCUGGACGAGGCCCACGAGGCACUGGCCGCGCUGCGCCGGGAGCUGCAGGGCAGCGAGGAGACCCAGGAGGGGCUGCAAAGGGAGGCCCGGGACGCCCGCCGGGCACUGGCCGAUGCGGCCCACGAGAAGGACGCACUGCGGGAUUCCAACACCAAGCUGCGGGCCGCCCUCCGCCGGGCCGAGCAGGAGAAGGCCAGCUUCAAGCGCUCCACGGAGGAGAGGGAGCAGAAGGUCCUGGUCCUGGAGGAGGCCUGGGCAGCGGCCCAGAAGCAGGCGGGCGAGCUGCGGGCCAGCCUGCGGGAGGCGGAGCGGGCGGCUGUGGACACCCAGCGGCAGCUCCAGGAGCUACGCAGACAGGUGACGACGCUGGAGGCAGAGAACCAGAGAAAGAGCCGGGAGCUGGUGCGGCUGCAGACCCGGGGCACCCAGGAGCCAAGCCAGCAGGAGGCCCUGGCACUGCAGACGCUGGUGGCCGAGGUGGAGGCCACCCGCGAGGACUCGCAGCGGGAGGUCCAGAGGCUGCGGCGGAUGCUGGCAGAGGUGGAGGCCCAGGCCGAGACCCAGGAGAAGCACCUGGAGCGGCAGCUCUGCGAGAGCCGGGGGUCCAAGCGGGCCCUCUGGGCUGAGCUGCGCGGCGUUGCCCGGAAGCUGCUGCAGGCCGACGGCGUGGCCGACAGCCUCCAGGCUCGCCCGGACAGGGCCUGUGGCCGGGCCCACGGCCUAAAACAGGAGCUGGCCCAGGCCGAGGGCACCCGGCGGGAGGCGGAGGGCCAACGGGGCCAGCUGUGGUCCACGAUCCACCCCAGCGUGGGGCUACAUGGAUGGAGCCCUGUGCCCUCUCCUGAGCCAGCAGGGCCCCCCAUCAGAGGUCAGUGCCCUCCACGCCCACCCUGUCACCCACCCGGGGCACCCCAGCCCCCCCGGGGCUCUCCCUCGCUCCCCGAGAGUGGGGCCAGCAGCGUGAAGGGUCGGGGUGCCUGUGCCUCUGUGUCCACCCCCCACCGUGCCCCCAGCGUGCCCCACUGCACCCCCACCGUGCCCAGUGGCCAUCCGCACCCUCACUGCACCCCCAGCGCACCCAGUGGUCACCUCUGUCCUCAGGCUCAGAGAGCCGGUCCCGCUCGCUGCUCCGGUGGCUGUCGCCCGGCCCUGGAGCCCGCAAGGCAGAAGGGGCCCGGGCCUCCAGGACCAAGCCCCCACCCUGCUGCCCUGGGGACCCCUGUGAGCCCUGCCCCAAGCAGCCCUGAGCUGCCCCACCGCCAGCCGCCAGCUGGGCAUGUGGACUGUCUGCCCACCCACGGGCUGCCCCCAACCUCAGUCCCCCCUGAGCCUGAGCACCUGGCGGGGCGAGGCCAAGAGCGAGCCUCAGUCUCCCGGGCCAUGCAGGUGCCCCCUGAACCUGGGAGCCAGGCGAGUGGCCCUGCUUGCCCCCCAGGCUGGCACCAGGUGGAGGGCAAGCUGAGCAGUGCACAGGCCAUGUGGGCUCUGCAGGAGGAGGUGCUCCUGAGGCUGCAGGUGAGGCGCCCAGCAUAUGCGGCAGGCCACAAGAGGUGGAGGCUGCAGGUGGCGAGCACCCACACCCCAGGGCAGUGGGGGGACGGGGAGGCCGAGAGGGCUGCUGAGGAAGGAGAGGUUUCAGCUGCCCGUGGUCACAGGCUGCUGAGCUGGCUGAAGCAGAUGGUCCCCAGGCACACUGGGCCCCACAGAGCUGACUCCUCAGGGUUGACCCGACGUCUGCGCGUGGCGUCACAGCUCCUCCCCUUCCUGGCCGCCUCUGGGGCAGGCGGCACUGAUCAGGGCUCAGAAAAGCCACCCAAGGAGGAGCCCGACUCAGUGGGGCACAGGCCGGUGUUCAUGAAGGCGGCCCACGCCAUUGGCGCUCGGCCCGGCGGCAGGGAGCGCGCGCCGAGGUCCUGCCGGAGGGGCGGCCGCGCUGAGCCCCGGACGGCCCGCCUGCAGGGGGAGCUCGAGUGUGACCCCAGCCCUGCCUUUGCUGUCCCCAGGGAAGCUCCCAGUCAUGGCCAUCACCUGCCAUCCCACGUGGUUCCCACGGCGCAAGCCAGUGCUUCCUGGAGCUGGGUGGCCCUAGCAUGCAGCCGCCCGCCCCGGAACCCGAAUCCCCUGGAGGGUGUGUCCUGCCGCCCUGGGGCCCGGAAAGCCAGGGUAGUGGAGACAGGUUCUGGUCGGGGCCCAGGUUCCCAUCCUGCCCUAGUGACUGACGGCCAGGCCAGGUCCGCCCUGAGUGUCAGCUGCUUCCUCCAAAGGGACCAUCCCUACAGGGGUGCCUGGGGUUUUCCCCAGGUCCAGACAGCAGAGCUGGAGCAGGCCCAUGCCCAGCGGCUCCAGGAGCUGGCGGCCCGGCACCAGCGACUCCAGGCUGCAGAGACCGAGUGCCUGCACAGAGCCCGACCACAGGCUGCACAGGCCCUGGCGUCCCGAGAGAGGGCCCAGCAGCGGCAGGCGAAGAUGCUGGAGGGGCAGGUGGCCAGCCGGAGGUAGCCGCUGGACCGGGACAUGCAGUGGCAGCGAGCCUGCCUCCGCCAGGCCUUCCGGGCCAAGAAGUGAAGGCGGCUCCCAAGCCCAGGUGGCCAGGCCGCCCCAGCCCCAACCAGCAGGCAGCAGAACCACCGCUCAGCAGGGACCCAAGCUUGAGGGGUGCCCUGGAGUCAGCGGCGCCCUCUGACCCUUGACCGCCAAGCUCCCCCGGCCCUCAGGACCCCGGGCUCUGGCAAGCGAGGACCGAGCUCUGGGCCCUGCUCUGUGACGGGCCCCCCCGCCAGCUGCAUGGGGCCUCCCUGCGCCCGCGUCCGCCCUGGCACCAGGCGGGUGUGCUGACCGGGCCAGGUCCCGGCAGGCCGACUUCCGCACGCGGGCUGCAUUCCAUGCCCUCAGCUCUGUAAACACAGGGAAACACGUGGAGAACAUUUCCACCAACUGGAGCCAAAAACAUAAUGUCCUGCAAGGCCCAGCCACCACCUCCCCGCGCCCAGAGGUGGCCCGACUCCGUCUCCAGGAACUGCGGGGCCGUCACGGUGGCAGGUGGCUGGAAGUGACUCAGAGUCUGGUCCCCGUGACUCACUGGCCGCGAGAGGCACUGGGGUGUAAAAGUUAGAGUUGUUAGAGAACCACCCGAUUUCCCAGCCCAUAAACGCCGGGAAAAUUCCUGUGGAAUCCAGCCCCGGUUGCCACGGAGACCAGGGCAGCCAUCUUCGGCCGGGCGGUUCACCUGUCAGUGUUUUCUCUCUUUUCCCAUGAACACGGGUCAGGGUGAUCUGGUUCCGCUCCAAACGGCCUCUGGUCUCGUAAGUGACAUGUGGACAACAUCUGUGGGCGCCAGCCAGCCCAGGACAUUCCUCGAGCACAGGUGCCAGCCGCACCCCAUCCGGGCUCCUGGGG